CACAGAUACACUUCCACACUCAGCGGCUCCCACACUCAGUAUCUCUCUCCACACCUGACCACAGCACUCCGGACAGACUACCCACUCCUUAGCCAAAUGCUCGGGGAGAGAACGAGAUAAGACAAAGGCUGGUGAAACUAGGGAAGAGGAGAGCGAGGAACAGUAGAGAAAGAAAGCAUGAGAGGAGUAAAAAGAGACGUCUGCAGAUGUCUGUGUCACUUCUUUCUCUUCUCCAGUUCUCUCCAUCCUUCCAUCCAUCUUUUGGACUGAUACUUUCUCUCCUCAAGCCAAUUAGAUCAUGAACCUGUCUCAUGCUUGUUGCUAAGGGGGAAGACGACCAGACUGAGAGAACCUGCCGAUACUUUGUUGCUAAGCUCUGAUUGACAAAGAAAGAAAGGGUAAAAGAAGAAAGAAACAGAAAUCGAAGGGUAGAGAAAGAAACUACAGAUAAAUCAAAGGAGAAGCAGAGCGAGGAGGGAACGAUCGAAGGAGGCAGAGGCCGACCGAGAGAGAAAGCAGAAAGACUGAUAUAUUGAUCCAGACCAGAGGAAAGGCUGAUAUACUGAUCCAGACCAGAGGAAAGACUGAUAUACUGAUCCAGACCAGAGGAAAGACUGAUAUACUGAUCCAGACCAGAGGAAAGACUGAUAUACUGAUCCAGACCAGAGGAAAGACUGAUAUACUGAUCCAGACCAGAGGAAAGACUGAUCCAGACCAGAGGAAAGACUGAUAUACUGAUCCAGACCAGAGGAAAGACUGAUAUACUGAUCCAGACCAGAGGAAAGACUGAUAUACUGAUCCAGACCGGAAAACAGUCUGAGAAGUCCUCAUCCAGGUACAACAUGGCCCAGACCAGCCAGGACCAGAGUGGAGUGGGGACAGCAGACCCUGACGAGGACUCCCCCAACAUGAUCCUCUACAGGAAGAUUGAACAGAUUGUGACCCGUGUCCAGGAUGAGACUGAGGGCGUUCCAGUCAGAACGGUCAAGAGCUUCCUGACCAAGAUACCCAGCGUGGUCACAGGAACAGACAUCGUCCAAUGGAUGAUGAAAAACCUGGCCAUCGAGGACCCAGGCGAGGCGAUGCACAUCGGAAGCCUGAUUGCCGCUCAAGGAUAUUUCUUCCCCAUCUCUGAUCAUGUCCUGUCGCUGAAAGAUGACGGAACCUUCUACCGCUUCCAGGCUCCAUAUUUCUGGCCUUCUAACUGUUGGGAGCCAGAGAACACAGACUACGCUAUCUAUCUGUGCAAGAGGACAAUGCAGAACAAGACUCGUCUGGAGCUGGCAGACUAUGAGGCGGAGAACCUAGCCAGGCUACAGAGGGCCUUCGCCAGGAAGUGGGAGUUUAUUUUCAUGCAGGCCGAGGCUCAGGUCAAGAUUGACAGAAAAAAGGACCGAGUGGAGAGGAAGAUUCUAGACAGUCAGGAAAGAGCCUUCUGGGACGUCCACAGACCAGCGCCAGGCUGUGUCAACACGACAGAGGUGGACAUCCGGAAAUGCAGACGCAUGAAGAACACGCAGAGAGCCAAGAAGUCCGUGUAUGGUCUGAUAGAGGAGGCGCAGUCCCACAGUCCAGUGCACACGUCCUCACUAGCGAGGAAGGGCACCAAAGAGGCCAUAGAGAAAGAGAUUGUGUUUCUAAACACCCAGCUAGACCGACACUGUAUGAAAAUGUCUAAAGUUGCAGAAAGUCUCAUGAGUUACACGGAGCAGUACCAGGAGUACGAUCCCUUUGUGGUGUCACCAGAACCCUCCAACCCCUGGACCACUGAUGACACGUCCUUCUGGGAGCUGGAGGCCAGUAAUGACCCUGGUCAACAGAGGGUGAGGAAGUGGGGGUUCUCUCUAGAAGAAACGCUGAAGGACCCGGCCGGGCGAGACCAGUUCCUCAAGUUCCUCGAAUCAGAGUUCAGUUCGGAGAACCUGCAGUUCUGGCUGGCGGUCCAGGAUCUGAAGAGGCUGCCCCUGGAGAAAGUAGCGGACCGGGCUCAGGAGAUCUGGGCAGAGUUUCUGGCCGAGGGCGCUCCCAGCUCCAUCAACCUGGACUCACACAGCUACGAGCGCACCAGUCACAACCUCAAAGACCCCGGACGAUACAGCUAUGAGGACGCACAGGACCACAUCUAUAAACUGAUGAAGAGUGACAGCUACACACGCUACUUGCGCUCCAGUGCUUACCAGGACCUCCUGUUGGCCAGGAAGAAGCCUGAGACAGAGCAGCAGGGCCGACGCACGUCGCUCGAGAAGUUCACACGUAGCGUGGGCAAGUCACUGACAGGCAAGCGGCUGACGGGCCUGAUGCAGUCAUCCUGACAAGACCAGGGGCUUGAGUAUAACAGCCAUGCCCAGAGGUGCCAGUUCGGAGAGGCUGACCCAGAGAGCCUGGGGUUGGAGGAUUAGAGGCCCAGCAGAGGCCUGUCCUGAACACAAUGACCACGCGACUGACUGCAGAUCAGUUUCCUGAGAUCCAGCAGAGGACAAACAGCAUGCAAUAAAUCACUUAGAUAUGACACGGAUAUGACAGUGUGGUUCUCUGUUGAGUUCCAAACAGCGUCCUAUUCCCUACACAGAUGCACUCUGUAAUCCUUUUAUAAGGCACUACUUCGGACCAGACACCAAUGGGUCAAAAGUAGUUCGUUAUGGAGGCCAGGUCCAAGGUCCCGUAAUCUAUGUACUGACUCAGUGUGGGUCAGAAUCACAGCUCUUUCCCGUCUCUAUUUAAUGAAGCAUAAAACAUUUUUAAAAGAUGAGUGCAUUAUAAAGGGAAUAGUGUGCUAGUAGGAUACCAAAAACAGAUUAUGUGUCGGGCCUAGUCAAAAGAAGUGCGCUCUAUAGGGAAAUGGGAGACAUUCUGGACACACUUGGCGUGGUUUAUCCACAAAUAAACUUUGCCCUCUACUCUCUCGCUCUCUUAGGUUCUAGAACCAAAUGGAAUGUCAGAAUUCUUCUUUCUAGUAUCGUUAUAACAGUAUAUCAUAUUAUAUCAAUUAUUAAAAAAAAAAAGAAAUUAUAUAAACAUGAAAAUUGUUAAAUCCUUGACUAAUUUAGAACAUGUACCGACCUCGUCUUUCAUUCACCGGAUUACCAUAGCCCUGAACGGGAUGAGGAAUGAAAAUGUUCUGAAAAUCUGGAAUGAAAAUGUUCUGAAAAUCUGUUAUGAUCAUUGUUAUUGAGUUUUUUCACCUUGAUUUGAAUAAAAGUUAUCCUGAUUUAAUAAUUUUUCUUAAAGCUCAAUUAAGGAACACAGCCUUUAAGAACAUUCCAAGGUGUGGCUCCCAAAUGACAUUCUAUAUAUUCUAUAUAGGGCACUACUUUAGACCACAAUAGGUCAAAUGUAGUGCACAAAAUAGAGGAUAGUGUCCCCAACAUUCCAUUCGAGUUCCCCUGUCAGGGCCCAGUGUGACCGUUGUACAGUACAUAUGAAUAUUUUACACUGUGAAUGUAAAAGAUGUAAUGAUAUUAAAGAGCGAAAUCACAAUGACAAAAAUA